AUGAUGUUCCAACACAUGGAAAGUAGUCGGCCUCUUACAUAUUUCUUUGAAAGCAGCGCGGUGGAGCGAGCCAGGGACGGCUUACACCUGAGACGGACUGUGGAACCGCACGUGCCCGAGGUGCAAGUCCAAGUCAAAUGUCGAAGGAGAGCCUCCCUGAGCAACCAAGAGUGUCAGCUGUACCCAAGGCGGUCUCGGCAGCAGCAAGUACCUGUGGUGGAUUUCCAGGCCGAACUGGGACGGCGAUUCUUCGCUGGGACACCAAGCAGUGGUGAAAGCAGCACUGGAACAUCCAGCUUAGCCGAUUGCCAGGGGAAGAAGCAGCCUCCAUCUACUGUUUGA